AUGGCGUCUUCUUCUUCUUCAUCCUCUCGUCUAACGAAGCAUCAAGUUUUCUUGAGCUUCAGAGGUGAAGACACACGCCUUAACUUCACCGCUCAUCUACUCCAAGCUUUAGAACACAAGGGAAUAUCCGUAUUCUUCGAUGAAAAGAAAUUGGAAAGAGGGGAACAACUUUCGCAAGCACUUUCGAAUGCAAUUGCAGCCUCGUACAUCUCACUAAUCGUUUUAUCUGAAGACUAUGCUUCUUCCAAGUCAUGCCUGGCUGAACUCUGUGACAUCAUGGAUGGCAAGCACAAUAAAAAACAUGCUGUUCUUCCCAUCUUUUACCAUGUUAAUCCUUCCCAUGUGCGACAUCUUGGUGGGACUUUCAAAACAUCCUUUGAAAAGCAUGAAUCAGAAGGGCUAAAACAAGUAGAGCAAUGGAAAAAAGCCUUUACCGAAGUCGGAAAAUUGAAAGGGUGGCAUAUAGCAUUCGACAGAUACUUAUUAUUUGCUAGACCUGAAACGGAGUACAUCAAGGAGAUUAUUGACGAUGUUACCAAAAAAUUGAGGAGUAGCUUGCCUAGUCCAAGCGUCUGUGACCAACUGAUUGGAACAGAUUAUCAGAAAAACUUGGUUUUGGGUCUAAUCCAAAAAGAAGAGAGUCGUGUAAUAGGACUAUGGGGACCCGGAGGCAUAGGCAAAACUACCCUUGCUGAUGUCGUAUUUCAUGAAAACUCUUCGAAGUUUGAAGAUCGUUAUUUUCUUCAAAACAUUAGAGAGAGCGCAGAAAAACAAGGGAUGAAAUCCAUACGAGAUGAACUACUUUCUAAACUAUUAAAUGAAAAUGAUCUUCGUAUAAGCACCCCUUCAAUAGGAUCCCCGUAUCGAGAGAGGCUGAACAGUAAAAUGGUGCUUGUUGUUCUCGAUGAUGUUAGUCACGCAAACCAAAUAGAUUUUUUGGGUAUUAGACAUUUUGGUCAUGGAAGUAAAAUCAUUCUAACAUCUAGAGAUAGACGAGUGCUUUACAACGGAGGAGCUAAGGAAAUAUAUGAGGUAAAGAAGUUAGAUGAGGAUCACUCUAUGCAACUUUUUUCUACAUUUGCGUUUAAACAGUUGAAUCCUGAUGGUGAUUUUGAAGAUCUAUCUAAUAAGUUUAUGGAGUAUUCCAAAGGCAAUCCUCUUGCUCUUAAGGUUUUGGGUUCUCAACUAUAUAAAAAGUCUAAACAGGAUUGGGAGAGCGAGUUGCAUAAGCUAAAGGAAUAUGGCCAACCAGAAAUUUUACAAAUUUUAAGGAGUAGUUUUGAGGGGUUGGGUAAACCAGAGAGGGAUAUAUUUCUUGACAUAGCAUGCUUCUUUAAAGGAGAAUCUAAGGAAGAUAUAGAAAAUGUUCUAAGUUGCGAGUACGAGGGUGCAGUGUGUGGAAUAAACAAAUUGCUCGAUAAAUGCCUACUUGAUAUUAGACCCUUUAAAAAAUCUUUUAUGAAUACAUUGCUUGCUAUUGAACCCUGUGAAAAAAUUUCUAUGCACGAUAUGCUUGAAGAGAUGGGCAAGAACAUUGUUUGUCAAGAAUCUAAAGACCCUGGAAACCGCAGUAGGUUAUGGAAUUUCAAAGACGUGAAUCAAGUGUUCAGAUAUAAUGAA